UGCAGCUGCACAGGGAAGGUUUCGGCGAGGCUCCGAGCUGCUCCUGGGCUGGCGAGAGGAGGCGCGUCCAUCGGGCUGGAGCUUCUGCUGGGAGAGACCUCCAGCCAGGCUCGGGGCUAAGGCACGGCUCUGCCAGCCCUCGGGAACACGCUCCAGCUGUGCCCAUGGAACAAGUGCUCUGCUGCUGCGUGUGCCUUCACCGAGCAGACGAGAUGUGCCCGCUUGCGGAAUGGAAUAAAUGAAAAUACUGAGUACUGAGGGGGCGAGGGAGUAAAACACUCCUCAGAUAGAAUUAAGAACAAGCCCCGAAGGAAGAGCAAAGGACAAAAAUCUCAUGGUGUGUUUUUGUUGUUGUUGUUGUUGAGCUUUUUUUAUUUUUUUUUUUUUUUAAUGAGCUUACCUACCAUGAACGGAAGAAGUGGAUCUGCGGAGACUUCAUUUCCUCCUCUGACCCCUCGUUUACAUCACUGACUGGUGACAGUCACAUCUACAUACAUAGUACCUGCCACUUCAGCUGCUCAGAAUUAUAGAAGCCUCUUUGUAUGCAGCAGACAUGGCUAGCCAGCAGGAUUCAGGCUUCUUUGAAAUCAGUAUCAAAUAUUUACUGAAAUCCUGGAGCAAUACUUCUCCAGUUGGUAACGGAUAUAUCAAGCCACCUGUCCCUCCGGUUUCUGGUACACAGAGAGAAAAAGGACCUCCAGCCAUGCUACCCAUCAGCAUUGACCCCGACAGUAAACCAGGAGAAUAUGUCCUGAAGAGCUUGUUUGUUAACUUCACUACUCUGGCUGAACGCAAGAUUCGCAUCAUCAUGGCAGAGCCUCUCGAGAAGCCACUGACCAAAUCUCUGCAACGAGGAGAAGAUCCCCAGUUUGAUCAAGUUAUAAGCUCAAUGAGCUCACUCUCCGAAUAUUGUCUACCCUCUAUCCUGCGCACUUUGUUUGAUUGGUAUAAAAGGCAGAAUGGCAUAGAAGAUGAAUCUCAUGAGUACAGACCAAGAACAAGCACUAAAUCCAAAAGCGAUGAACAGCAGAGGGACUAUUUAAUGGAGAGAAGAGAUCUGGCUAUUGAUUUUAUUUUUUCUUUAGUAUUAAUAGAAGUUUUGAAACAGAUUCCACUUCAUCCUGUAAUAGACAGUUUGGUAAAUGAUGUUAUUAACUUGGCUUUCAAGCACUUUAAGUACAAAGAAGGGUACCUUGGUCCUAACACUGGAAAUAUGCACAUUGUUGCAGAUUUGUAUGCAGAAGUAAUAGGUGUUCUAGCUCAAGCAAAAUUUCCUGCUGUAAAGAAGAAAUUUAUGGCAGAGCUAAAAGAGCUGCGGCAUAAAGAACAAAGCCCGUAUGUAGUUCAAAGCAUUAUCAGUCUUAUAAUGGGAAUGAAAUUCUUUCGCAUUAAGAUGUAUCCUGUGGAGGACUUUGAAGCUUCUCUUCAGUUUAUGCAGGAAUGUGCACAUUAUUUCCUUGAAGUUAAAGACAAAGAUAUCAAGCAUGCACUGGCAGGACUGUUUGUUGAAAUUCUUGUCCCCGUAGCUGCUGCUGUUAAAAAUGAAGUGAAUGUCCCCUGUCUGAGGAACUUUGUUGAAAGCCUGUAUGAUACAACUCUUGAACUUUCAUCACGAAAGAAACACUCACUGGCUUUGUACCCCUUGGUAACAUGCCUGCUUUGUGUCAGUCAGAAGCAGUUCUUUCUAAACAGAUGGCAUAUUUUCCUCAACAACUGCCUUUCCAAUCUCAAGAAUAAGGACCCAAAAAUGGCUCGAGUUGCACUGGAAUCUCUGUACAGACUACUGUGGGUUUACAUGAUCAGAAUUAAAUGUGAAAGCAACACAGCUACCCAAAGUCGACUCAUUACUAUUGUCACAACCCUUUUCCCAAAAGGGUCCCGUGGUGUUGUGCCAAGAGAUAUGCCUCUAAACAUCUUUGUGAAGAUAAUACAGUUUAUUGCACAGGAACGUUUAGAUUUUGCAAUGAAAGAAAUUAUCUUUGACUUCCUUUGUGUUGGAAAACCAGCAAAAGCUUUCAGUCUCAACCCUGAGAGAAUGAAUAUUGGCCUGAGAGCUUUCUUGGUAAUUGCUGAUAGCUUGCAGCAAAAAGAUGGUGAACCGCCAAUGCCAGUGACUGGAGCUGUUCUGCCCUCUGGAAACACUCUCAGAGUGAAGAAAACUUAUUUGAGCAAAACUCUUACAGAGGAGGAAGCUAAAAUGAUAGGUAUGUCAUUAUAUUAUUCUCAAGUAAGGAAAGCUGUGGACAACAUACUCAGACACCUUGACAAGGAAGUGGGUCGGUGCAUGAUGCUAACCAACAUACAGAUGCUUAACAAAGAACCUGAAGACAUGAUUACUGGUGAAAGAAAACCAAAAAUUGAUCUGUUCAGAACAUGUGUUGCUGCUAUUCCUCGAUUACUUCCUGAUGGAAUGUCAAAACUUGAGUUGAUCGACUUGCUGGCAAGGUUGUCCAUCCAUAUGGAUGAUGAACUUCGACACAUUGCACAGAAUUCUCUUCAGGGCCUACUUGUUGACUUUGUUGACUGGCGGGAGGAUGUACUCUUUGGUUUCACCAAUUUUCUGCUCCGUGAAGUGAAUGACAUGCAUCAUACCCUUCUUGAUACUUCACUCAAGUUGCUGCUACAAUUGCUGACGCAAUGGAAGCUUGUAAUACACACUCCAGGAAAAGCUUCUGAGCAGGCCAAAACCAGAUCUGCAGAGCUGAUACCAAAUGGAUCCAGCCACAGGAUCCAGUCUGAGAGAAGCCCCUACUCUAACGUCCUGCACGCCGUCGAAGGAUUCGCGCUGGUUCUGCUGUGCAGUUUCCAGGUUGCGACACGGAAGCUGGCUGUUUUAAUCCUCAGAGAAAUCCGGUCUUUGUUCUUGGCCCUUGGCCAGCCAGAGGAUGAUGACAGACCUAUGAUUGAUGUUAUGGAUCAGUUGAGUUCUUCUAUUCUUGAAAGCUUUAUUCAUGUGGCUGUUUCAGAUUCAACAACAAUCCCGUUAACACACAGCGUGGAUUUGCAAUGGCUGGUGGAGUGGAAUGCUGUCCUAGUAAAUAGCCAUUAUGAUGUGAAAAGUCCUUCCCAUGUCUGGAUUUUUGCACAGUCUGUUAAAGACCCAUGGGUUCUCUGCCUCUUCAGUUUUCUUAGGCAGGAGAAUUUACCAAAACACUGUCCUACAGCUCUCAGCUAUGCUUGGCCAUAUGCCUUCACGAGGCUGCAGCUGAUAAUGCCUCUUGUGGAUCCAAAUAUUCCUGUUAAUGCAAAGAAAACAAGUACAGCAAGCAGUGGAGACAACUAUGUUACUUUGUGGAGAAACUACCUUAUUCUGUGUUUUGGAGUAGCAAAGCCCAGUAUUAUGAGCCCAGGACACCUGCGUGCUUCAACACCAGAGAUCAUGGCUACCACUCCUGAUGGAACCAUGAACUACGAUAAUAAGGCUAUUGGAACUCCAUCUGUUGGAGUCUUACUAAAGCAGCUAGUUCCUUUGAUGAGACUUGAAAGCAUAGAAAUAACAGAAUCACUUGUAUUGGGAUUUGGAAGAACAAAUUCCCUUGUUUUCAGGGAGUUAGUAGAAGAACUCCACCCACUAAUGAAAGAGGCCCUAGAAAGAAGACCAGAGACGAGAGCCAGAAUACAAACAAGUCAAUUUAGCCUUUCAGCAAAGAACAGGCCUUGUUGCAUUCACAUCUUUCCAGGAAAGUUAGAAGACAGAAAGGACAGCUUUCUAGAAGACAGGGAAAUACAAUGA